AUGCGAGAGCUGAAGGAGGUGACUGACUUUGACGUUAUCAUGGAGAAAGAUCUGGGAGACCUCCUGCUGGUCCGGAUCACUACAGAGCAAUACAAAACCUUUAAUAUGGAUGCUUGGUACUGCCGCUAUGUUGAUGUGACAAGUCCCAGUGGUCAACUCUACCAGUUCCCUUUCUAUCAGUGGAUAUGUGGUCCAACGACUGUGGAGAUCCCAGACGGGAAGGGCAUCAUUUUAUCUGGGAACACUCACCCUGUUCUCCAGCAGCAACGGAGAGCGGAACUGGAGAAGCAGAGAGCAACCCACAAAUUACAGUUGGCUCAAUCCCCAGGAGAGAAUGCUCCAAUCUUCCUGCCCAGUGACUCAGAGGCUGACUGGCUACUGGCCAAGAUGUGAGUGCGCAAUUCUGAGUUCCAGGUGCAUCAAGUGGACAGUCACCUUCUCCGCACUCAUCUCUUUGCUGAGGUCUUCAACAUUGCAACCACCAGACAACUUCCAAUGAGCCACCCAGUGUACAAGCUAAUUACUCCACAUCUUCUCUACACUCUUGAGAUCAAUCUCAUUGCCAGAAUGAGGCUAGUUGGUCCUGGAGGUUACUUUGACCUGGCAAUAGCAACUGGAAAUGGAGGGAUUCCAAUAAUGCUGAAAAAAGCGAUGGAUGGGGUCACUUACAGCAGACUUUGUCUCCCUGACAACAUUCAGACAAGAGGAGUGGAGUCCAUUCCCAACUACCUGUACAGGGAUGAUCGGAUGAAGAUCUGGUUGGCUGUGGAAAGCUUUGUGUCUAACAUUAUUCAUUACUACUAUAAGAGUGAUGAAGCAGUCAGUGAGGAUCCUGAACUUCAGGCCUGGGUGGCAGAGAUCUUUAAAGAAGGUUUCUUGGAGAAUACAUCUUCAGGGGUCCCAUCUUCCUUGGAUACCAAAGCCUCUCUGAUCAAGUACCUGACAAUGGUGAUCUUCACAUGUUCUGCUCAGCACGCAGCUGUCAACAAAGGUCAAUUUGACUUCUACUCUUGGAUGCCCAAUAGUCCCACAUCCAUGAAAAGACCCCCUCCAACAGCUAAGGGCAUCAGCACAAUGCAGAAUAUCCUGGAGGCAUUGCCAGAUGUAAACGUUGUAAGCGUCGCUUUAUCCGUAGUGUGGCUGCUCAGUAGAGACUCAGAAGCUCCGAGACGACUAGGACAUUACCCUGAUGUGCGUUUUACAGAGAAGAGCCCACUACAGUCUAUUGAGGAUUUCCAAAAAAAGCUGCUGGAAAUUUCUAAGUCCAUUGCUGACCGAAACAAGAGCAUGUAUUUUCCAUAUACCUACUUGGACCCAAAAAUGGUUGAGAACAGUAUCAUUAUCUAA